GUAAAACACGCUGGACGUCAACUCUGUGCUCUCUGCGCGCGGGGGCAACCGGGGCGUCAGGAGGUCACAAUAUAGCUCCAGAAGUGCCGGGCGGGCGUUAGGUAGAGCAGUUCGUGGCCUGCAGCGAGCAGCUCCGGAGAGUGCUGGCAGCAAGGCAGAGCGACGCGGUGACGCGGGGCGCGCACGGAUGCGCUCACCAAGCGUAGCCAUGCUCCUGGCGGUGCUGCGGCCCGUCCAAGCACUGAGAGGCCCGACGCACAAAGCACGACACUUAACUAGACGGUUUAGUGGAGAGGCGUGGACCGUUUCAAGGACAAGGACGGCCUUCACGGACUACUUCGAGAGUAAGAGGGAACACAGUUUCGUCAAGUCCUCGCCGGUCGUACCGUUGAGCGACCCCACGCUACUGUUCGCCAAUGCGGGAAUGAACCAAUUUAAGCCUAUUUUUUUGGGGCAAGUGGAACCCGGUACAAGCUUAGAAGGCUUGACGCGAGCCACAAACAGUCAAAAAUGUAUAAGGGCGGGAGGCAAGCACAACGACCUGGAAGACGUGGGCCUCGACACGUACCAUCACACGUUCUUCGAGAUGAUGGGUAGCUGGAGUUUUGGGGACUACUUCAAGGCCGAAGCGAUCCAGUGGGCUACCGAAUUGAUGUGCGACGUCUACGGGUUGGACAAGGAGAGGUUGUACGCGACCUACUUCGAGGGCGGCGACGGCUUGGAGCCCGACCUCGAGGCAAAGCAACUGUGGUUGGAUGCCGGGUUUGCACCUGAGCGAGUCUUACCAGGAAACAAGGCGGACAACUUCUGGGAGAUGGGCGAUUCUGGUCCGAGGCGGCGUCCGAACCUUCAGCUUUCAUGCACCGUCGCGACGGCGUAAUUGGACUCGCGACACACACGCCACGCCCGCGCAGGCCCCUGCGGCCCCUGCACGGAGCUCCACUACGACUGCAUCGGUGGCAGAGAUGCCGCACCCUUGGUCAACAUGGACGACGCGUCGGUCAUCGAGAUCUGGAAUCUCGUGUUUAUCCAGUUCAACCGGGACGGCCGGACGGGCGAGUUAUCUUCGUUACCUGCCAAACACGUAGAUACGGGAUUAGGCUUGGAAAGACUGGUGGCUAUCUUGAAUGAGAAGCCGUCGAACUACGACACGGACGCGUUCCAGUUCUUGUUCGAUGCUACACACCAAUUACUCCCGGAGGGCUCUGCGCCGUACCAAGGCAAGUUAGGGGACGAGGAUGUGGGGUUGAGGGACACCGCUUACAGAGCCGUGGCGGACCAUAUCAGGUGUUUAUGUUUCGCGAUCGCCGACGGUGCCGUGGUGUCGAAUGAAGGUAGAGGUUACGUGCUGAGGAGAAUUCUACGGAGAGCCGUGCGCUACGGCGUCCAGACGUUAGGUGCUCAACCCGGAUUCUUCUCCAAGCUCGCGCCCGCAUUAGCCGCAUCACCUUAUGGCGACGCCUACCCGGAACUACGCAAUGAAUUAGAUCGAGUGGUAAGUGUCUUACAAGAGGAAGAGGCGACCUUUGAAAAGACCCUUGAGAGGGGCCUCCGAUACUUGGACGAGGAGCUCGCCAAGAGCGACGGGACGCUGUCCGGUGAAGCGGCCUUCUUCUUGUAUGAUUCGCUCGGGUUUCCGGUUGACCUGACCGAACUCGUGGCUCGGGAGAAAGGGUACGGGGUUGAUGUGAAUGGCUUCGAGAAGGAGAUGCAGACGCAAGUCGAGCGAUCAAGGGCCGACCGCCAGGCGAAAGCAGCGGCGGCUCUCGGUUCGGCGACGAUUGAGCUGGGUGCGGCCGAGACCGCUGCCUUACUAGCUUCUGGCGUCUCUCAAACAACACAGUCUGCGGUUGCCGAUGCUGUGAAGGACGACGCCGUGAGCGGUAGUGGUGUUGUUCAGGCGCUGUUCAUUGUGGAUGAGAGCGGUGCCUUACAACGAGUCGAGGCACGAGAUCUGAGUGACGGACCCGUCGGCGUCGUACUAGAUGAAUCCCCCUUCUACGCCGAGGCCGGCGGCCAGAAAAAUGAUGUGGGUGUCAUAGAAGUGGACGGCGUCUCACUGGAGGUGCGGGACGUCCAGGCCUACGCGGGCUACGUGCUGCACACGUGUGUGGCCACGGAAGGGUCUAUCCGCGUAUCUGCUUCUGUAGAAUCAAAAGUCGACGCCGAGAACCGGAGGAGGAACGCCAUCAACCACUCCAUGACCCACGCCCUCAAUUGGGCCUUGUGGACCAAAUUGGGAGACGGCGUCGCGCAGCGCGGCUCGGAUAACGACGCGGAACGGUUGCGCUUCGACUUCUCGCACGGCAAAGCACUAACUACUGAUGAAUUGGAAGAAGUGGAAGCAUUGGUGAACGGUGUUAUUGAGAAAAACGAUCCGGUGCAGCGAGCUCUGGUGCCGCUCGACGAAGCUAUGCAAAUAGAGUCAUUGAGAGCUGUGUUUGGGGAGAACUACCCCGAUCCCGUUAGGGUGGUGGCCGUCGGUUUGGGGGAGGAUACGUUAGAUGAUGUGCGCGCGGACCCCUCAAAUGCCAAGUGGCGCGCGGCGUCGAUCGAGCUCUGCGGGGGCACGCAUUCUCUCGCCUCGGGCGAUGCGCAGCGCUUCGUCAUCACGCGCGAGGAGGCCGUGGCCAAAGGUGUCCGGAGGGUGGAAGCGGUGACGAAUGGGAAGGCCGCCGAGGCCGCUCGAGUUGGUGAUGAGUUAUUGGCUGCUUGUCAAACACUUGAGAAAGAAGAAGCACCAUCACAAGAGCAGCAGAAAGAGCUACGGGCGCGCAUCGACGCUGCGACGUGCUCCGCGGCCCUGAAGCCGAAGCUGAGGGCGUCGCUCGAAGCCGUCGCGAAAAGAUUGGCCGCAAAGGAGAAAGCAAAGGGCGCGGCGGCGGCCGGCGCCGCGGCCGAGGUCGUCGUCGAGAAGUGCGACGAGGCCGCCGCGGCUGGUCAUACAAGUGUGGUGGUCGAGGUCCCCGCGGGCGUCGACGGGAAAAGUGUCGGCAAGCUCGCCAAAAAAAUCCACAAGGCGCACCCGGACCUGGCGCUCUUCGUGGUCGCGGGCGGCGGCGGGAAGGUGGGCGCGUUCGCGGCGGUGCCUGACGGGCAUGCUUUGGCGCCGGCCGGCGCGUGGCUCAACGCGGCGCUGGAGCCGCUCGGCGGGCGGGGCGGCGGCAAGCCGACCUUCGCGCAGGGGUCGGCGAAGGGCGACGACGCUUCGGCGGUUGUGGCGGCGGCGAAGGCGUUCGCCGCGUAAAUAUGA